AUGAAGACAAAAGGACCCCUGGAGCUUGUGCUGAAGACGCUCUUGUGUUGCUACCUUUGGAAGGUCUUAGCAGUCUGCUCCUGGCAGGCCUGCUUGAAGUUGGAGAGCUUGGGUAGGGAGGAAGUCUCCCUGGCUGGGAGAGCAGGAGCAGUGCCUACUCCUCUGGGAGCGGUCAGUAGGGAAGAGGAGCAGGAGCAGUACCUACUCCUUCAGGAGUGCAUAACCACGUUCUUUUCACAGUACUCUGGUUCAGUGGAUAAAAAUGUUGGUGAUGUCGUCGUCGUGAUGAGAAUCAAAGCUCUGGACAAAGACCUUGAAAACACAGACAACUGGGUGACUGUCUUUACAAUUGCAAAAGGAAAUGAAGAUAAUAUCUUCUCCAUUGAGACAGACAAAGAAAGUAAUGAGGGAAUCCUGAGGUUGAUUAAGCCUUUGGAUUUUGAAGAAUUCCAGAAUCUUAAUCUUGGCCUACUCAUUGAGAACGUAGCUCCUUUUGUGGAAGGUGGUGCUAUGCUGAUGGAUGUGGAUGUUCUGGUUGGAGAAGGCAGUCCUCUGGCUGCUCGUGUUGGUGCUGGCAUUGUCGUUGGUGCUGGUGUGAGUGCAAGGGUCGAGGUGGGAGGAGACAGUGAACUGGAAGGAGGUGGGGACAUAGGACCUAAUUCUGGGGCAGGUCUUGCCCCUGGACUUGCUGUUAUACCUGGUGUCAAAACAGGACCAGUGACAAAGCCACAUGCACCAACAAAAACUUAUGCUAUUAAGAUAGCAGUGAAUAAUGUGCCAGAGGGUCCAGUAUUCAUACCUGAUAUUAAGAAUGUUCCUGUAUCAGAAGAUCAAAAAGAAGGUCCUGAGGAUGGUGUGAUCACAGUGUUUGCUGCUCUCRAUCCAGACACAGGAAUACCAGCUGAAGAUGUAAGUAAUGCUAAAGUCUACGAUCCAGACAACUGGUUUACCAUUGAUGAAGAAUCAGCUGUGAUUAAACUCAACAAGGUACCAGAUAGAGAGUCACCAUUCUUGGAGAAUGGCACCUACAUUGCCAAGAUUCUGGCAAUUACCAAAGAGACCRCUGCCGCUCUUCACUCUCAGGAGGAACUGUGGCCUGGUUCAUAUGAGCUCCAAGUGCAGGUGAUGGAUGCUCAGGGUCUGUCCUGCUCAGCCAAUGAGGUUUUUACAGUGGAUGUUUGUACCUGUGUGGAAACAGAGACCUGCAGCUUAAAGUCAGUCAGACUAGUAGCAACUUCAACAGAGCUUUCUGCCCCAGCCAUCGCCUUGCUGCUGAUGGCAAUGUGUUUACUGUUGCUCAUUCCUCUUCUGUUGUUGCUCUGUCAGUGUGGGGGAGAAGACAUUAUAUUUCCUGUCAACUUUAAUGAUCUUCCAUUUGAUGCCAGAGAACACCUAAUAUCCUACCACACUGAAGGCAGAGGCGAGGAUAAGGAAGUGACACUCCAAAGUUUUCCUAUUAUGUUGGGUACGCAAAAAAAAGUCAAAACAGCAAUAACACCAAACUUUAACCGACAACGAACUUCAACAGCAUUCCCUAACUUUGGAACUCAUCAGGCAGCAACAUUCUGUAAUGAGUCUGUACAAAGGUUUCAAGAAAGUAGCUUAAGAUUAAUAGAAGUCAACAACGUGUACAGGGAAUCAUUCAACAAGGGCGGUGGUGAAGUUGUGCAGUUCAGCAGGCCAAGACUUAUGAUCCAAAACACAACAGUUCUGUCUGAGGAUAUUGCACUAUCUGACACUUUCCUCAAUGACUACUACUCACAGAAAGUGAUGGUUGCUCUGCCAGUGAAGGAUGGUCUGUUGGGGUAUGAAUAUGAAGGCCAGGGUUCUUCUACUGGCUCAGGGGGCUGCUGCAGCCUCCUUGAGUCUGACAAUGAUCUACAGUUCCUGAAUGACUUGGAGCCAAAGUUCAAGACUCUUGCUGACAUCUGUUCCCCUGCUACCACAAAACCCUCUCUGACAUGCAAAGGAGCAGAUACGGUCCAAAAUACUAUUGAUACUGCUGAACAAGUUAUUAAGCCCCAAUUUGAGCACAUUGUUGACACAAAGCAAGCCAAUACAGAGACAGACAAAGUACUGUCAUCUCGUAACAUCUCCAAAUCGUCUGUCAACAAAAUAAGUACUGAGCUACCAUCUCCUCACACUAAGGUAACUAAGAUCAGUCAUUCCUCUAAUAUCAGAUAUUCUGCUACCCUGCCUUGUCCUGUUCAGACAACUGUUCAACAUCAGCAGCCAGUUUACUACACCACCAACCCUGUGCCACAACCCAUCCACUAUUUAGUUCAACCACCAAUUGUUUUAGCAGAUAGAGCCCAUGGAACAAGUUUUCCUGGCCUGUAUAUAGUCACUGAAUCUAAGACGCCUGGACUCACAGUGAGUGGACCCCAAGGCUUUACUUCAGGGCUAAUUAUCCAUGGGAUUGAAAGCCCCAAAAGCCCUGCCAGCCCUACCAAUCCAGUCAACCCCACCCAGUUGCUACCUGGUAUCUCAAGUGUCUCCCAGGGAUCAGUCCAUGUGGAGGAUUGGAUAGUAAUGGGGCUAAAUCCUGAUGGCAAUUAUAUGUUAGUUAAAGAGGGAGGUAGUCAAGGUGAGACAGAGGGAAUAGACCCAGGCUCAUCUCAGGGCACUUUGUUCAGAGAUGCUAUCCUGGUAAAAGAGGCUGCUCCCUCUCAGGGGGUGUUAGGCCCAGCAGCCCAGAGGAGUGUGUAUGGUAUUCUGCCAGGACAUAAUGUUACCAAAAAGGGGGGUAUUGAUGCAGUUUAUAAAACUUUGGGGCAAACACAGGAUGGGGAGCCAGAGAAGACAGGGUUAGGGCCACCUACUGUUUUUGGGGUUGGUGUUGGGCAGGCAAGAAUGGGAGUGGGACAUGUGGUAGCAGUGAAGCCAGAAGUGAGAGUGGUUGAAAUAUGGCCAGCUGCAGGUACAGUGGGUAUUAAGCAGAUCAGUAUAAACUAUUUCCAAAUAAUUAAUUCACUUGAGCAAACAAGGGAUGCCAAUGGUGUUCUAAAAGCUAGAUCUAGUAGGUUAGAUUCACAAAAGGCUUAAGUCAUUAUUAAAAUGUGUUUAAGGACAAAAAUGAUGCAGCCCAAAUGGCAGUAGAUGCUCCUAGUGAGUUGUUCCAAGUUGAAAUGAUAAACAAGGAGGGUAUCCAACACAAGCAUCAGAAAAGUCUUCAUUUGUAAAUCUUGAGAAAGCCAUUGUGAAAUCAUUGGCAGGGCCACAUGUGCAACAUUAUUUAUUUAAGCAGUCUGGCAGCACAGUGAAACCAGGUAUAAGGACUGAAAUUCUGCCCAGUCAACUGCAUAAGAUCCCUGAUGGGCCUUCAAACCAACUUAAUAAUGUGAUGAUUGGUAACAGAACUCAGUAAUCUCCACAAUCAGAACGGGAGGAUCAUUUCACCGAAGGUUUUUCUGAGAGUGUUACAUCUAUUGUCACUUAAUUUUUUUUCAGAUGUUGAUUUAGUUCAUAUAGACAAAGCAAAUGAGGAAAAUUCAAAGUGUACACAUGAAGAGGACGCCACAUCUACUGCAGACCACCUCAAGAUUGUAGGUUAACAAAGACAUGAUAUCAGAGCAGAAAAUGUGGGCAGAUGAGAAGCAUCACCUUUGACAGAAGAAGAUAUCUGUUCAGCUUAGGCUUAGAAUAGUGGAAGGUCCAGAAGACAGAAAUUCUAAGGUAGUGCAGGACCUGAAUAUAAUAAAUUCACAGAGGAUCAAAGUGAAAGGGAGCAGGAGGUAGAUGACAGUACAGCAGAGAAUGCAGGAAUUUUGUAUUUUAUCCAUGCAAAAGAAUAUGGUUGAAAUUACUCCUGGCAUUAGAGUUUCCCAUAAUGUUAAAUAUCGAAGGGGUAUCCCGGAGUUGAACUCAUACAUUUUACACCUAGUAAUCACAAGAGUUUAUUAAAAUUCGAUCUUAUUUUGCUCAUAAUCAGGCUGAAGAGAUGGUUUUCCUUGAAAACAUUAUAUGCAAGGCUUCUGUGAAGACCAUCAUCUAAUAUAGUGAUGAUAAACUCUGGAUGUGUUAAUUCACCUCAACAGAUGAGAGUGGUCAGGCAUUCAGGUCUUUGCAUCAGAUGCUUGCUUUGUGUUGCAGUGCUGAUACUGUGACACAUAAAAAGCAAAUGGUGGAGAGUGAAGAUGGCCUGUGUCACCAACACUGAAAAUAUUGACACCCUCAGACAUAGGUGUUAUCCUGACAUCUUGAUCAUGCCAAAUUUAACUACACUGAUCUGAAAUAACAGAAGUGAUUGUGUUGAAAUAAGAUAGAGUUUUAUUCCCUGUGAUGAAAAAAUAAGGUAGAGUUUUAUUCCCUGUGAUGAAAAGCGCAAGUGUCAUCAUUCUAUCUCCAUGGAUUGGCACGUCCUAGCUUGAGAGUCCCUUUUUUGUUGGGUCAAAGGCCUUUACAGACUCAGUUUCUGGGAAGAAAUCCAGUACUGAAACUGAUGCUAGUCAACUUCACCAAUCACAGUUAUAUCAAAAUAGCCCCAUGAGGCCUCUUCCAUUUAAUUCCACAAAAUAGCAGAUGCAAAGUAGUAGAAGCCUGAACACUGUUCAAAUGCUCUGUUUCUAAUUGCUAUUAACAAACCACUUUUGGAUGGGUAUUUUUCUCAAUGGUGGACUUAACAAAAUGAGACCAAUUCCAAACCUGGACUGUUAUUUCUCAGUCUUUUUUAUUGUGGGUGUGUAUAUYUUUACAAUACAGUGACUCCAUAUAACAGGGGCCAUUGUUGCAACUUUAUGCUGACACAUAAAAAAGUGUAACUAUACAAGUAUAGAGACGUCCUUAAAUAAAAUAACAAUUAAAUUAUAUGAGUCUUUAAAAUUUGAUUAUACUUGCCAAUGAUAUUCUGGUCAUACCUGAAUUGAAAGAGAAUUGAGGAUUUGUUUCUGCUUUAAAAAUGUAAAAGCCCAAUCAGAUAAUUCCACACAUAUUGGUGAUGACUGUAGGUUAUAGAUGGAAUUAUAUUUGUUUUGUGUGUUUGUCAUUGCAYAAUAAUUCAAAUGUACUGCUUUCAUGGUUUGGACUUUUCUUACUAGACAAAGCAUGUUUUAAACAUAAUAUCUGGUUCAUGAACAUACAUGUCUGCAGCUGCAUGUCAGGGGGAUAUGAUCAUCAUUACGUAUAUCACUGAUUAUUGUGUCAUUAUGUUAUUUUUAAAAUCAUAAAUAAAGUUGUUACACUGUA